CAGAUAAAUACGGACCCACCGUCCCGGCCACAUCAUUCGCGGUCUGACGCCAGUCCGAGACGCUUUGGCUCGUUGUGAAACAGUUCGGAAAGGAUAUUCUCGGUCUUACCCCAAAAUAAAAGAGGCGCGUCGUGUGCCAGGUGCCAAGUUUGUGAUCGAUUCGGUGGAACCAAGUGAAGCGGGGUCACCAUGCGUGCUAUUGUGCUGCUAUCCUGCCUGGCCCUGAUAGUCUGUGUCCAGGCGGCGGUGACAGGACCGGAGGCUCGUUCCGGCGUGGACGUCAAGGAUCAGCAGCUGGCCACCGCGAGCGUUGGAAUCCUUGACUCGGUGCUGCGGGGAAAGAGUCGCCAGUCGCGCUGUGUGAGGUGCUACGAGGAUCGGGACCGGGAUCGCUACUACGGCGGAUAUGCCAGCCGAUCGGGCGACGAUAUGCGCAGCAGCGCCUGGUAUUAUUCCGGCUACGAUGACCGCAGCAGCAGCAGGGAUCGCGACUACGACCGGUACUACGAUCGCUCCCGCUACUACGAUGAUCGGUACACCCCAAGGACGUACGACCGGUACGAGGGGCGUGGCUAUGAUGACUACAGAAGGGGGUCCGGGUAUAGUGGGUCCUACGAUCGCGAACGCGGAGCCUACGAUCGGGAACGGGGAUAUGGGUACGACAACAGAGAUCGCUACUAUGGAGGUGAUCGCUACAGCGAAGGCUCUUCCCGAGACCGCUUAUACGAUCGGUCGAGGUCUGGCAGCUAUGAUCGGUACGAUCCGUACGAUCGCUACUACUCCAGGUAUGAUUUUCGCAACUAUCGCCCUUGGGAUGAGACCUACAGGGGUCAAUCCGGCUUCGAUAACUCCGGACGUGGCUAUUACUUCGCCGGCGAUGAGGACGAAAGUGAUGCUGGCAGGAAUCGAGGGCAUGGCUACUCCUACUCUCGACCCUCCUCCUCAAUGAGUUCGCCUUGUGGGCGAAUCUCCGGAAAUUGUCCCUAUGCCGGUGGCUCCAAGGUUACAUCCUCGGCCAUUGGCAGCGACAGCUCCCGAGUGGGCGGCCAUACCAAUGUGCUGGGAUCGGAGGGAGGUCCUGGCAGCUGGACCUAUCUGGGGGACCAGGAGAAGGGCAGUGGAGGCAGCGGUAGCAGUGCAUCGGGCAGCAGCGGCAGCAGUAGCAGCAGCAACGGCUCGAGCGGCAGCGGCGGCAGUCGGGAGCGGGAACGGGAACGGGAACGGGACAGGGAGCGGGAUGCACAGAGCUCUUCCUAUGGUGGCCGACCACGUCCUCUAGGCGUCAGCUAUCUGCUCGAACGGGACGCGGACACUCCAUCGGACGGUCCAGGAAACACGGCGAGUCCCGCCGGCAAUGGUGGAAGUGGUGGUGGUGGUGCUGGUGGCCAGAGCAUGCCCAUCCCAGCGGCCCAAACAGCCGCCGAGGGAAGUGCCGGCGCAGCCGAGCAGUAACUGGACUUGGAACCCAAACCAGAUCAGAGUCCACAUUCAAAUCCAGGACCGGAUGCAGUGCAGCGGCUGGGAGAGAUGCCCGCCCGGUGGGCGUGGCAGGGCUUAGUGUAACCUACUAUCCGUAUUUAUGUGUAAUUCGUAAGCUAAGUCUCCAAAGAAAUAUUUAUGUGUGGCACAGCUUUGCUCAAAUAAACAAAUUUCAAAGAUCCUCAAAAAAUGGUUGGUUUUUAUCAGGGUAAUAAGUACAAUAAGUAUUUUUCAGUUGGAAGUACAGUUUAUUUUAUUGUUCAUGUAUUAAAUGCUUAACUAAGAGGUAAUACAUUAUUUUUUAUUAUUACAAUAAACUUUCUUUGUGAGAAACCCUGAGCUCGAGAAAUAAACAACAAAAUUAAGUUUGAUAAAAAAAUUAAGUAUACACAAUAAUAUAUAAAAAAUAA